AUUUAACUAGUUCCGAUUUUUAUAUUUUAUUAGUCAUAACAAUAAUAAAUUUGUAUUUAAUGGAGUGUGGUAGAGUAAAGAGAGUUAUCGGAGGAGAGGAGGUGGCUUGCGGUACUCAAAAUCGAGUCGCAUCUUUACAAAAUGCAAGUAAUUCUCAUCAUUUAUGUGGCGCCACCUUAAUUUCCCCACAUAUCGCUGUGACGGCAGCGCAUUGCGUCGAACAUGAACCGGAGAAUUAUUGUCUUUCCCUCAAGAACUAUUGUACAAAUGAUAACAUUGUUACACCUAGUGCUCGAGUUCUGGAAAUUAUAACGCAUCCUCUAUACGAUCGAUUUUCUGGAGCGCAUGACAUUGCUGUGUUGCGGUUACUACUUGAACUGAAUGACAUAACAUGGCUUAAUGAUACAGUGCUACCCAUAUCCUCGUUUGGAAUAUCAGGUGAAUGUACAAUCUACGGCUAUGGAUAUAAAGAUAUAAACAGAGAAGAACUUUCAAAUAUGUUACUAGCAGCCAGACUUAAUCUAGUAUCUCUGGACGAGUGUACUAAAUCAUUAGGACAAUACGUAGCUCCAAAAUACGAUAGCGGAAUGAUAUGCGCCGUGGGCGAAGAAGUAGACGCGUGCCAGGGAGAUUCUGGUGGGCCACUGAUGUGUGCGGGUAAGUUUGAAGGUAUAUGUGUGUACGGGCUCAGUUGUGGAGUACCCGGGAUUCCCGGAGUAUACGUCAGUAUCGGCGCUCAUAUACAAUGGCUGAGAAGUGUUAUAGAGGACAUACGAUCAUAAUUUUUCACUGAGCAGCUUAUAUGGCCAAUAUUUAAGUGCCAAAUAAAUUAUAACAUUAUUAUUGUUUAAUAACUAAUAUCUGUUGACUAUAUUCAAGAAACGAUUUCUUUUGCUUACGGAUAGUAGCUUUGUCUACGUGGCCUAAUUUCAAAGCUACAAUUGACUUGUUACUCUCAAAUCAACAGGCUACGAAUAACGGGUAGUAGGGUAAAUGUAUGAAAAUCACAGAUAAUAAUAUUUAAAUGAGAUAUUGCAAGCGAUAAUUUGUAUUAUCAAUGAGUAAAACGAAUUUUUUUUAUUUUUUUUAUCCGUUUUUGGAUACUGUAAUGGGACUUUAGUCAGUUGCUUAAUUCAAGUUCCUUACAUGGGUAGAUUUAUUCCACAGAAGUGCAAAUUUUGGUUCAACUAAUGCAAUAAAACUAGUAAAAUAUGUUUUCAAAUACAUUUAUUUACUACACCAAUUUACUAAACAUGAAAGAUUUUUUUUAAUAUAGUUAGUUUUAAACUUAAAAUGUUGAAUGUAAAAAAA